AUGAUGGCAGGAGAAGGAGAUCACCAAGCUGGUGAGAUGGCCAAGAAGACAAAAGGAGGAAGGAAAGGAAAGGUAGUCCAACAAGUACAGAUUGACGAUGAGGCCACUGAUGGUAACGAAACCAAGUUCAAUGAAGCAGAAGAAGGGUCAGACUCCGACGAUGACAAUGAAUGGUAUGACUACCACACCUUAGCCAAGAUCAUGGAGGCAGUCCCCAAACUCAUGUCGCAGAACUACUAUAGCUGGAGCACCCUCAUCAAGGCCACUCUCAGAGUUAUUCCCCAUGCCAUACAGCACUUGGAAGGCAUGUAUGAUAACAACCAUCCAAAAUGGAACAGAAACUUUGACGACGCUUUAGCGGGUGUGCUAUGUAGCACUUUAGACGCUGAAGGAGAGCACAACAUCCUCUACUUAUUGCUUGACAUUAGUAAAGCAUAUUUGACUUUCCACCAAACCUGGAAGAAAAUCGAAAACAGCCUGACCAGUGAAGCUACUAGGAUCUCACAAUGA